AUGCCAUCAAACCAUACUUAUCAUCCGAACCGUGGAUGUCGUACGUCUACAACAAAAACGAACGAGACUGACGAGGAGAUAAGCGGUGAGAAAGAUACAAUCUCGUCGGUGGAAGCGGUAGAUAUAUCGAAGGAGUCGGAUAAACGGGAAGAAAGUACUCCGCAACAGAGACAGUCAGGAAAAAACCAAAAACCAAACUGUUACGGUAUUAUAUAA